AUGUCAAACUCUGACAGGCCCUCUAAGCAAUCACGCACUGGUCAUUCAUCAUAUCACGACACUGUGCCCAGCUUGAAUAGGCACGAUGUCAUCCACGUCAGCGAAGGGACAAUUCGAAAUAUAGGAGGAGUUUUUCGAGCAACUCGCAGAUUUGAGUCGCCUCAACGUGUCGCUGGAACUUGGGAGCAAGUCACGUCUUGGGAACCGCCGGAUGACGAAGAAUAUGCUUUAAAUCCCGACGGGGAUUUUUACAAUACCGUCGUAGAUCAGGAGGUGGUGGCCGAGGAUGGCACAAAAGACACUGUAAAAAGACAACAGAGCAAGGUUUCGUUUGGAAAGAGACCCACCGUGAAACAUAUCUGGAAGAGAUUCUUCGCUGGGCCGGGCGCGGUGACUUCCGCCAUGCUACACAGUGUCCAGACUGCCUUGUACGAGGAGUAA